CUGGUGACCCUGCAGACCACUCAGCUGUCUGCUCGUGUGAGCCACCAGCCAAUUGCGCCGCAGAAGGCGGGGUUACCCGGAGAACGGGUGGGAUACUCUGUGAUCACGUGGUUGCAGUAUGCUGUCCCUUUGAACCCCAGGUGGGGGCGCUAAUUUAUAACUGCGCCAAUAAGCACAGCCGCUAAAGCGGAGAGGAAGAAGAGCCGCCCUCAGAGCAGCGGAGCUGAUCUACGGUCAGUUUUUCUGACCACCGCCGGCCUGAAAACUGCAGAACCUGAUCUGAGGUCAGUCCUGUGACUGCGCGCUGAGAGACACAGGAGCUGCUCAGCUGAAGGAAACUGGAGCUGAUCCAGUGGGAGGCAUGGCUUAUCAGUCUGGAUGGUUAUGGUGUUGAUUUGAUCAGAAGAUGCUGGAUGUGAUGUGGGAGAAUGGAAUGACCUCCUCUCACCGGUCUUCUUGUGGUCUCCAGUGUCCAUUUCUCUACACAGUUUUGCCACCAACAUACCUGCAAAUGGAGUACGUCACACUGCUGCUAUCGCGAGAGAUUAAAUGUGAGAAUAUGGAAUCCAUAAUAAGCUUCGGUACUCAGCAAACGUCCUCUGGUGCUUUCUACAGCAACACACCUCACGGCCACCUGCAGGAGAGUUCUGGAAAAGAGAAAACUCAUCACUGCUUAGAAUGCGGGAAGAGCUUCACUCAACGGCAUCACCUUCAGGUGCAUCAGCGCAUUCACACUGGAGAGAAGCCGCAUCGGUGCUCUGAGUGCGGCAAGAGCUUCCAAAAACAGAAUCAUCUCCGAAUACACCUGCGUGUUCACACGGGCGAGAAGCCGUUUGAGUGCUCGGAAUGCAGGAAGAGCUUUGCGGUUCGGAGCAGUCUACGAAGACACCAGCGUGUUCACACCGGAGAAAAGCCGUAUCAGUGUUCAGAAUGUGGGAAGAGCUUCAGUGAGAGAAGUAACCUCCAAACUCAUGAGCGCAUUCACACUGGAGAAAAACCGUAUUACUGCUCCGAGUGCGGCAAGAGCUUCACCACGCUGAACCAUCUCCAACUCCACCAGCGCAUCCACACCGGAGAGAGACCAUAUCGCUGCUCAGACUGCGGGAAGAGCUUCACUGAUGGAUGUAAUUUAAAAGCCCACCAGAGAAUCCACACCGGAGAGAGACCGUACAACUGCUCCGAAUGUGGGCGGAGUUUCACUGACCGAUGUAACCUCAAAGCCCAUCAGCGCGUUCACACGGGAGAGAAACCGUAUCACUGCUCGGAAUGCGGGAAGAGCUUUCGGCAACUGAACGGUCUCCAGAAACACCAGCGCAUCCACACAGGAGAGAAACCGUAUUACUGCUCAGACUGUGGGCGGAGCUUCAGAUAUUCUUUAAAGCGUCACAAGUGCACCGAGAGGGAGAGAACAAAACCACAGUUCUCUCAAAUGACAGACUAAAAUUGCGUUUCGCAGCACUUGUCGUGUUUAUGUUGGCUGUUCCAGACUGCAGCUGGUCUGCAGACUGACCAAACAUUAGAACAGGGGUGUCCAGUGUUGGCCACAAAGGGACGGUGUGGCUACAGGUUUUAAGAUUAAGUUUCACGUCCUCAAUCUAAGCACACUUGCCCAGAGUGGUGGGCAGUCCUAUCUGCAGCGCCCGGUUAGCAGUUGGGGGUUAGGUGUCUUGCUCAAGGGCACUUCAGUCACGUACUGUCAGCUCAGGAGAUCAAACGAACGACCUUCUGGUCACAGGGCUGGUUCCCUAACCUCCAGCCCACAACUGCCCCCUUUUCACUCCAAACAAUCCAAAGUACAUCUGAUUCUACUUGUUUAAUCAGUUGGUCUUAGUCUUGAAGCAUUUCAACAGGUGACCUCCUGCUCUGUUGGAGUGAAGACCCAAAUUUUUGUUUUGGUGUUGCUGUAUUCCAGGGCUGCUCAGUCCUGGAGAUCUGCCACUUGGCAGAGUUUAGCUCCACGCCUGAACUACACCACUUGAUCCAGGUAAUGAAGGCCUUCAGGGGCAUCUGGACAUUAGAAACAGGUGUGCUGGACCUGAACUCCCCAGGCUGAUGGAUCAGUCCUGCUAUACUCAGGACUCAGGGACAGUCGGCACUGUGGGUCAUACCUGAUGUACUGAGCGCUUGGAACAUAUUAAGGAAACCGCGCUGAAAUACCUCACCUCAUAUCUUGUGGUAUGUGUCCACUGCAUGCAAAUGUCUCUCUGCCAAGUGAAAUAAAGAACAGAAAAUGAGGAACAACUGCAGCACAGAGGAAUCAGCUCGGUCUUCUUCUGUCUUAAAGCAUGGGUUAAAUAUUUAAUAUCCAUAUUGUAGCCAAGUCUUGUUAUAACGUUUGGGUUUAUUUUGGAUCUUGAUUUAGGACCUUGAUCUUGACCCAAAUAUGUGGCAAGAAAGCAUCCUCCCACCAUUACACCCCCACCGCUACACCCCCACCACAGCUUCAGCUGUUUGCACAAGGCAGGUUCGCUUCUUGGAUGUAGACGGUUGAUGCCAGAGUCUGCCUCUUCCAUCUGCAUGAGGCAGCAGACAUCCAGACUCAUCAGACCAGACCGUGCUUCUCUGCCCUUCAGCUGUCCAGUUUGGGUGAACCUGUGUCCACUGAAGCCUGUUCUUGGCCGACGGGAGUGGACGCCGAUGUGGUCUUCUCCUGAUGUAGCACAGUUGCCUCAACGACGUGUUCUGCCUUUACAGACGCCUUACUGAUCACUACUGUUGUAAAAGAAGUUCUGUAAUGUUUCUAUCAAAUCUAACAGGUCUGGUCAUUCUUCGUUGACCUCUCAUCCACAGAUCUGCCACUCGCUGUGGUGGCUAUGAUGGUUGAGAGUGAAAAUCUCAAUUCAGCAGUUUCUGAAAUAAUAAACCACCAACAAUAACAGCAAACUCACUCACUCAGAUCAGUUUUGUCUCCAUUCUGACGAUUGAUAUGAGCAUUAACUGAAGCCCCGACCCGCUGACCCAUGGUCUACAGGAUUUAAUGAAUUAAGCUGCUGCCAUGUGAUUGGUUGAUGGUGUACAGGUGACCAGUCACUCUUGGAGAUAUUUCUGUUCUUUAUACCUUUUAAAAAACCUGCUUGGUCAAAAGAGAACUAAUCAGACCAAUCCAUUUUUUGUGAAUCUGCUAACUGUAACUACUGCAAUGGCUAAUGUGAUGAUGUGGUGACUAUGGUGAUCCUCAUUUCCGGUGUGGUGGUUCCCCCAUGCUGAGCUGGUCCGGCUGGUGCCACAGAUUCUGCUACAUUGGCUUAAGUUUGCUAAUAUCACUGUAUGAAAUAAGAGCUUAAAUAUAAUAAUGUGUUAUGGUAAUAUCAGUGUUUCACUGAUAGUCUCUUACUGUCGAAGUUAAACAGAACCUCCGAGGAUCAGAUGACGUCUCAGCAGGGAGACCACCACAGUCACCUUUACCGCAAUGUUCUCAUUAAUGUGAACUUUUUAAUAAAUGUGUCCUUUUCAAAGUGUUUUCAGAA